ACGUGGGUCCUCAAACUCGAAGAAUUGACCUCCGGCAAAGUCCGAGUCGGGGAUCCUGUCUUUAAACUUUGUUCCGAAAUGUUCUCUCAGUUGUUACCCAAAUCUUUAAACUUGCUGGAUUAUCGAGUAAAGGAGAUAAUCAGAGUUUAUAGACUUCAACUAGAGUCCAACAAGUUCGACCUUUCUUGUUUCAGAAAAGUGGUAAUUUCUAAUGAGGAUGAGGUCGAACUCCAAGUUAUGGCGUUAAUUACAGGAGGCAAAGUGGGCUUAUGGAGAAGUGAAAACAAAACCUGGACGAACAUUGAGGUUGGAGGUAAUGGAUUAUAUUUUGAAGAUGUUAUUUAUCACAAGAAGAAAUUCUUCGCCACGGGUUCAGACGGACGUACAAUAGCUGUGGAUCCUAAAUCUUUAAGUUUUUUCGAAGUGGCAGCUCCGGUGACAAAAUCAAAUCACAGAUUAAUCUCCCUGGUAAAAUCGUUUGACGAUUUGUUUUUGAUCAACAAAUAUUGGUUAGAAAAGUAUAACAAAUUUGGAUUGGGUUCUGGCGACGAGUGUGGCACUGUACGCGUGGAUAUUUUCAAGCUUGACGAAGAGAAGCGCGAGUGGACUCAGGUAAAGAAUGGAAUUAUAGAAAAUAAAGCGGUGUUUCUGGGUGAAGAUUGUUCAUUUUUUAUUUCACCUGAAGAGUUUUCUGGGGUUAAGAGGAACUGUAUUUAUUUAUAUGAUAAAGAUUUCUCUAGGUUGGAUUUUGAUUACCCGGCAGUCUGUGUUGUGAACUUCUACAAGGAGGAUGAUAAUGGCGGAUGGAGCUAUGGCAUUUCGAGUUAUUCCCAGAUUUUCUGGCCUCCACCCACUUGGUUGAAGGUGGAUUGAUUCGUCUCCAAUGUCAUCGGCUAUUUGUAAAUAUUAUUUGUCAGCUUCUUGUGUUUUAUGUAUAUUGGCUUAAUGUUUAUGGAGU